AUGACCCGUCUAAAAGCCAGCGAUUCGCAACAAGAAGGUCUCCGGAUCGAACUACACGGUGGGAAAUACUUGAAACGCAAACAACAAGCUGUGAUAGAGUUGAUUUGCGAUAAGAGUCGGAGUGGAUUGGAUGACGAAGAUAAGCAGCAAAGAAGUAAACGAGAAGGUGAGAGCCCCGAGGACAAGGACCCGGAAUCGUCGGACGGCGAUCAGAGCGACCCUAGCAAGGAGAAAAGCCUUCAGUUCAAAAGCUACGGAGAAGUCGGCGACAUUGACGUACUGAGGGUGGACUGGCGAACAAAAUAUGCCUGUGAGGGGAUGCAAGAAGGCGGAGAAGGUGGAAAAUCGAACCGUUGGGGAUUUUUCACCUGGCUUAUCAUCCUCCUUUUCCUCUGCAUCGCUGCAUAUCUCAUUUUUGGCUCAUGGCUUAAUUACAACCGCUACGGCGCUCGAGGUUGGGACCUAUUACCCCAUGGCGACACAAUUCGUGAUAUUCCCUACCUCAUGAAGGACUGGGGUAAGAAGGUCAUAAAUACUCUCCAAGGCCCUGGGUCGCGAGGCGGCUAUAGUGCAGUUUGA